AUGUCGCCUUUAAUUAAUGGUUUGGGACGCUCUUUGGUUUUAAGGGGUGGAAUUUCAGCAUUUUCAGGACUCAGAGGCCUGUCUCAAGUUCCUUCCGCCCAUACCACAGUAAAAGGAGUUAUUAAACACGUAAAUUCACCCUUAAGGACCCAAAACUUUAAACGCUUAUCUGUAUUUGAACCCACUCUCAGACACAACUACGCACUCAAUUUUAAUAAAACAGGUUCUUUGGGAAGUUUAACGCCUUAUAAUAACAAGUUCGGAGUGAGAUAUGACGGAGGAGUAGCAACUUUGGGUGCAGCAGUGGCUCUGAUGUCAGUGGGAGGAGUAGCUCAGGGCAUAGGAAAUUUGUUCGCUGCUCUCGUCUCAGGAACAGCCAGAAACCCUUCAAUCAAAGAAGAUUUGUUUACAUAUACUCUUAUUGGUAUGGGUUUUCUCGAGUUUCUUGCCAUCGUUUGUAUUCUCAUGGGCGCCAUCAUGUUAUAUUCUUAA